AUGCCCCUGCCAAUCUCCUCCCCCGCGCUGCCGCCGCAGCUAACCCCCGCGCUUGCCCCCCCAACACUCACUUUCCUCCGCCGCGACCUCAAGCCCCUGAACGGCCUGCAAAGUUCCGACGUGGCGCUCUCGGAAGCCAAAGAGAGUUCGGACGGCGAGGGGAGGGGGAGCGACGACGAGGAUGGGAGCGAGAGUGGGGAGGGCGGGGGGAGAGAGGAGGAGGGAAGAGAGAUGGAGGGGAGAGUGGAAGGGGGAAGGGAGAGUGGGGAGGAAGCGGAGAGUGGUCGGGGGGACGCGAAGGGGAGGGAGAGCGGGGAUGGCGGGGGGAGGGAGAGCGGCGCGAAAGUUGCGGAGGAGGAAAGACCGACUCGAGAGCCUGUCCCCGUCUGUCGUGGGGUGGAUGGAUCGGAAAAUGACACGUGUCGUUCCGUAACAGGUUUCGAGUCGCCAAUGAUAGGUUUUGAGCCAGAGAGACCGCGGCUCGACUCCGCAACCGGCACCCUCUCCCCCAGGCUUGAACCGCCUCUGGCGCCGUGA